AUGACCAACAAGACGCAGCUGGAUUUCAUCCUCAAUCCCGUCGUCGAGGCCACGCGACUCGCUCCUCUGUUGCCGUCUCUGCUGCCUAAGACCACCUGUAUCUCGCCGACAUGGAGCGCGGCUUCGCCCGGCUCCGUUUCGGGGUGGAACGGCGAGCAGGCUGUGCUGGCCACGCUGCCGCGCACAUCAAGCACCCCGGUGCUGCGCCACAAGCGCAACUUCGAGCAAUUGCUCGGUCUGGCGGCCACCGAGACUUGCAAGAAGGUCCGUACCACCAACGCGAGACUGCCGUCGCUCUUCGUGCCGUCGGCCUCGUCCUCGACCGUUGACAGCUGCGCGUCCACGGGUACGAGCUCGGAGGGCGAGAGCUCUGAUGUCGACAGCCCCAAGAACGGCUUAACCUCUCACAAGAAGAAGACACGCCUCUGUAAGGAAAAGGGCUGUACCAGUCUGGCGGUCUCGCGUCGCAGUUGUGUGCGUCACGGCGGCGGCUCGCGCUGCACGUUUGAAGGCUGCACCAACGGCGCCAAGCUGCGCAACCGCUGUUUCCAGCACGGCGGCUCCACUAUUUGCCUGGCCGCGGGCUGCAACAGCAAGGCCAAGCGCUACGGCUACUGCUGGUCGCACGGCGGCGGCCGCAUCUGCAGCCAGGAAGGUUGCGUCAAGGUGGCGGCCCAGGGCGGUUCAUGCUGGGCACACGGCGGUGGCAACCGCUGCAAGCUCGAGGGCUGCAGCAAACGCUCGUACCAGAAGUACGGCUACUACUGCAAGGGCCACUCCGCUCACAACGUGUAA